CUUUGGAGCGGUAGGAAAAGAGACAGGUGGAAAUAUACUUGUACAUGAAAGAAGCUGCUUGACUUUCCUAGUGUUGGUUAGCUUACUUCAUUUCUUAUUUUAUUAUUUUUAUUAUUUUUUUAUACUUUAGUCAACAAGUAAUUGGUGCAGGCAGACCUUCUGUGCAUAUGUAUACUAAAUCACAUAUCUGCCGGCUUGCUGCAAGAACCAACAGACCAAACCUCUGGCUCAGGCUUGGCUGUCCCACUCAUAUCACCCCACACCCACACACCUGACACUGAACCAGCCUCACUGAUAUCUGAAGAAGCAGCAGAACCAGCAGAAAGACCUGGCAGAUUUCAAGGCAUUAUUCGGAGAACAGAAACACUCAAAAGAUGCCCGCAGUGGGAGUGCCGUAUCCUCUCCGGAGCCGGACAGAGGCAUCGGUUUGAUGGAGGGUCAGAGGAAAAGGAAGAGGACCAUCUUCAGCCGUGCGCAGCUGUCUGAGCUGGAGCAGGCCUUCGCUGUGACCCCCUACCCGGACAUCACCCUGCGGGAAAGGCUGGCCGCGCACACACACCUGCCUGAGAGCAAGAUACAGGUGUGGUUCCAAAACAGAAGAGCUAGAAGUAUUAAGACCGGUAGACUCUCCAAGUCCACCAAGUCUGUCCUUGGAGUUAGAGGUUUUGUGGAUCCCUCCUCCGGCCCUGCGACUUCCACGUAUUCAAACACUCUGGCAGACAUGUUCAGGCCAGAACAGAACCACUCCUGUGAGGAGGUCCCGCAGAUUUACUCAGAUUGGAUGCAAAUCUACAGUAACCCCAUGUCAUCGCCACCAUGUUCCUCAUCCCUCCAUCAGCAGUCCACUCGUAGCUGCUCCAAACCCUCAGAGUCUCGUCUCUGGGAAGAGGAGUACCACGGGCAGCAGCAACAGCACUUAGGAGCCUCACUCACUGGUUUCAUUCCUGGUUCGUUUCAUCAGUCCAUCACCAGGCAGCCUCACCACGCUGCAUCUACAUGCUCCUAUCAGGCCUUCAGGAACUUCAAGUCCCGGAGCUUGGCUCCAUCUGGACCUCAUCAGGCACUGUGCAGCGGAGGCACUGGAACUGGCGGUCAUGCCUCAGUAGAUCAGGUUGUCCCUUCCCACCCUCAGCCAAUGUACUGGGAAAUCUCUCAAGGUCAGGGACAGAACCACCACCAUCAUCACCCACAACUGGGACCACAGACCUCGAUGGGAUAUAUCUCAGACCUGAUCUAUAACGCUGCUAUUGUUACCAAUUUUCUUGAAUUCUGAUGAAUGUAUCAAAAUCUGUCCUGUGUUUUACCACAGCUGAUGAAUUUCAGACAAGGCUGUAAUACUGUGAAGUAGAGUAGAAUUGUUACGAUGCUGAUUUGUCCAGUUGUAUAUUUUAUGUUUUGAAUUAUGUCUUGUAUAUUUUGGGGAAUAAACUGAG